AUGUGCAUCCUGAAGCUGCCAGUAGUUCUACUUGUGCUCUCAGUUGCAAUGAACCACCUGAAAGCUACACCUGUUGAAAGUCAUCAGGUGGAAAAACGGAAAUGCAACACUGUCACGUGUGCCACGCAACGCCUGGCAAAUUUUUUAAUUCAUUCCAGCAACAACUUUGGUGCCAUUUUCUCACCUCCCAGUGUGGGGUCCAAUUCAUAUGGCAAGAGGAAUGCAAUUGAGGUUCUAAACAGAGACCCCCUGCACUACUGA